AUGAGUUUGGAUGAGCGUCGGGCACUCGAAGCGCUGAAAGAGGGCAAUAAUACCACCAUCCUUGACUGGCAGGACUGCGAUGACUUCAGCUUUGGCGAUGUUUGCAAUGGAACGGAGCCGCUCGCCAUCAGCCAUGCUGGUGGCGAGUUUACUGACCUCGCAAGAGAGGUUCUAGGAGACUUUUGGAGAAUCAACAAUCGUGUUCGACGUGUGGAUAACCGCACACGUCGUGAUCGUGUCCUCCGCAGGAACAAGGCGUUUGCUGAGCAGAUGCCAGUGAUAACCGAUGCGUACCUUGCGUGGAGCCUGGCAAGACGUAAGGAAGGGUUUUUUGAGAGAUUGGAGAGAGAAGACCUGGAUAGUGGCUCUGACUACGGUCAAUGGCCAAUCAGCGUGAUAGAUGUGUUCUAUGCUGAGAAAGUCAAUCUUCGAAUCUUGCCAACAGAUGCCACUAUCAGCACUGCGCUCGUUCGUCAAGGCCUGAUGCCUUGUUCACCCAUAUCACCAACUGUCGGAAUCACUACUGAAGCUCUGGAUUUAUACCGUGUAGCGCAUCUUAGAAGUCCUCAAUUGUCUAUCCAGGCUUUCGUCAAAACCAUGUGCGACUUGCAUGGUGUUGGUUUCCACAGACACCUAUCUCGUCAAUUCUCUAUUGCGUUCGACCUAUAUCUUCAAGUUCGACGUUCGGUGGCUGCCAUGGUAGCCGAAUCACUACGACGUGACUCACCCGAUUGGCGCCUGAAACAUGCUUGUCCCGCAUGUACAUAUACACUAACAGAUGAACCACAGUUAACAUUUAGCUUGCUCUACGCCAUGGAUGGCAACGACUCUUUAAAAAGAGUCCUUCGCAGAUCUCUAGAUACUGAUGAUUCUCUCAGUACAUCUUCAGAACUUCCAACAGGGCAGCAACUGGCGAGCGACCGCUACCUAUCUCGCACCUUUGUCGACCAAUUCGCGCGGGACUCUACUACUGCAGGUGAUGAGGAUGUACAUCUCGAGAACACGUGCGAGGGACGCUGGAAGAAUAUGGACGAUACAAAGACGAAGAAAGCAUGGGGCAUUUAUGAUGAAACGGGCAUAUUUGUGGCCGUGUGCCGCCAUGGAUUCUCUCUGCUUGUUGCGGAUAUGGUACAGAGCGGGGAGCUCGCAAAGUAUCCUCUGGCCGUUGUUUCAAAGUUGCUGGACGUAUUUGGAAGCAAUCUGGGUGGCGGAUAUGACAUCGGUUGUCAGUUCAAGACCACACUUGACAACAGCUCCCUCGGACCCCUUGCACGGUCUAUGCAUCACACUUGCCUUGUCGGUGCCUUCCAUGGACAUGCGCACAGGCGAUUGUGCCAACUUUUCUCGCUUACUACUUACAUCAAAGGUUUGGGCCUCGAGGAUCUGGAAACCUGUGAACGAACAUUCUCAAAAUCGAAUUCAUUAGCGUCUGCGCUACGGUACGCAAGUGUAUUCCAUAGACAACAGUCCAUCGACACAUACUUCGAGCACAACGACGAUUUUGAAGUGUACGCUAAUCUUUCCGACUUUUUAUAUAACAACUACAAGCAAGCGCUUGACGUUUUGAAUGACGGGGAUGCGACCCUACCGAACUUGAUGCGAGAUCUCAAAGUUACCGACGAGACCGUGUUCGAGCACUGGCUGGAGGAAGAAAAGGUAUACCUUCAAGGUCUGACACGAGAACCGGAGGUUGAAACACUGCACAUGGAGUAUUGGCAAAGGUUGGUUAGUCUUACUGCGAGCGAGGAAACUCUGGACGCUGCAAUAACAGCUUUCCAGGGCUCAUCGCACCUCGAGGCUGCGCCAUAUGAUGUGCAGGCGAAGAAUACUCGCAAUGCUGAGAGUGCCCGACGGCAUGCUCUUGAGGACCAUGAGAGGUAUUUGAAGCUCGUUCAAGCACUUGAGUGCAGGCUCGAGAUCGAGAAACGCUGGACUCCUCACGAUGCAGAGUGGCAGAGGGUUGGAAGACUCGUGGCCAACCGGAAGUACCAGCGUGCGCUGGAUCGACUCGAAGGAUUGAUCGUUGCACGUAUAUUUGAGCUGACGAGGAUGAACCGUGCGGGCACAGGCUACAAACUGCGAAAGCAUAUUGCUAAGGCAUUGCAAACACGAUCCGUCGCCAUCCGAACGGCCCUCAACACAUACAACGCUAUCGCUGGGUCAAUGCACCCUCCCCGCCGGACACUUAAGUGGGACGAGGUCGUAGAGUACGCGUUCCUCGCAGACUUCGACUUGCUACGUGAUACACGUGCGGACGUUUCUCGACACCCUUGGUCAUCGGCUGCUGCUCGUAGCGCGAUGGACCUCCACUUCAAAAUGUGUCGGGCGCGCGAAGAGAUUGAGCGCCUCGAUACUGAGGUACGACGCCUCGUGACCUAUAUACGUGAUGAAGAGAGGUAUCUACGGGAAUGUGAGAAUCAGUUAAAAGACACCAGCCCAGCACUCGCACAUCAAAUCGCCAUCCACCGAAACACUCGAGGACGCUUCAACUCACGACAUCUUAAACGGCUUUACGACAUAUCAAAGCUUCCGGGUUUCAGUGGGACACUAACCCCUGGUGUUAGCGCUGACACAAGUCCCGGGGAGAGCGCGAGUGUAGCUAACGCACAGAUCCCCACCCAGAUGCUUGUUGCACCCCUCCCUGUUGAUCACACCGCAUCCCCCUUAGACGUAGACACCCAGGAUGACCUGGAUGACGAGGAGGAAGAGGACGAGUCGAAACGCGCCGUCAAUCCGACCACUUUUGAGCGAGAUACUUGAGUUCAUCGUGUCGCACAGCGAGCUCAAAGGUUUCCAUCACUAUGCGGCGUUAGGCACAGCGACGCACGGUAACCGCAUCACGUGAGUCUAAUAAUAGUACGGUAAUAACAAUAACACAACUACGUACCUACUACCUACAGCUGUAUAUAAAGUCCUUCGUUAUCCAGGAGAUAUUGGAGGAGGCUCUGAUUCACUAUAUCCGCCUGAUCUUACAGGUGCGACACACGUGCAUUAUCUCCUAUAGUUACCGUGCGUAGGUGGGAGUCACAGGUGGGAUUUGUAGGUUUGGAGUAGUCAGUAGACCUAGAUUGAUGGAAAUCUAAACUUAUGCA